AAAUAACUCUGAGGAUAUAUAAUAACCCCCAUAGUUAUCCCUUCACACGAAGACCUACCAUGGAUUACAAACUGGUUUCCUUGUUGGCCCUGAUCUUGGCAGUUGGGAUCAGCAAUGUGGCAGCUGAGUUUACUGCUGCUCAGUGCGAAAUUGAACCCAAGGCACGGAUUAACUGCGGCCCCCCCGGCAUAACCCCCAUCGAGUGCAACACAAAAGGCUGCUGUUUUGACUCCAGCAUUGUCGGUGUGAUCUGGUGCUUCUACCCCAAGGCCGAGCAAGAUUGUUUUAUAUGAAAAUGACGGGCACCGCCGGCAAAUUCUGAAUAAUACACCUCCCUUCAAGCUUCAGCGUUAUUUUCUUGAAACAAACCUGGAAUUAAACCGACACUUCCCAGCCCGUGUCCCCCAAACCCCCCUGCAUGGAACCCCCCAUCUCUGUAUAACACUGCCAUUCUCACUGUUUAUUAAAGAAAAACACCCUCUGCCUCCGA